UCGUUAUUCGCCCAAUGGCCUCGCGGUCGUACUGAUGAAAGACUUCCUCCGCCCCUCUUUUAUUCUCGACUCGUGGUCGCUCUCUGUACGGCAUUGUUCGUGCCCGGUAUGAGGGUGGCGCUCCGCACCCCGCUGCGGGCUUCCAGUUUUGACCCGUCGCCUGUUAUCGUCCGAUAUACCUCGAAUCUUACUCCGAAAGGGCUUUCUCUGCAGCAUAGUUUAGGUUACAGAUGGGUAUCCAGUGAGUCUAGGUCGGCAUUUGCGACCGCUCAACGGUGUCCUUCGGGACGAUUUAUCCCCCGUGCAACUUUCUCCACGGGGCCACGGGGUCUCUUUGGAUCGCAACAGACUGCUGGUGGUGGAGGAGGGAAACAGCCUCAGAGGAAAUGGAUCAAGUAUGCUGUGAUUGGAGGAGCUGCUGCUGUCGGUGCAGUGGCUUUUUCUGAUCAGGUUCAGCAUUUCUAUCGUGCCGCGCAAAGGACUGGAAGGGUUGUCGGCGCGUUGGUGGUCUGUAUCAACGACUAUCGGGUCACCCUUAAACAGGAAACCGCAUCUCCAGAAGAACGAAGCAAGGUCAUUCGCGCCUGUCACAAACGCUGUGCAGAACGGACUCUCCUUGUACUCGAGAAAAAUGGAUCCAUAUUCAUCAAGCUGGGCCAACAUCUUAGCAGCAUGGGCUACUUACUUCCGCUAGAAUGGACCACAACUUUUAUCCCUCUCCAAGACAGAUGCCCCGUUUCGUCUAUCGAAUCUAUCGAAGAGAUGUUUAUUGCCGAUACCGGCCACCGCAUCGAUGAGCUCUUUGAUUCGUUUGAGCCAGCACCAAUUGGUGCUGCCUCUCUGGCCCAGGUUCACAUCGGAACGCUCAAGGAAACCGGGCAAAAGGUUGCGGUGAAGGUGCAGCAUCCCGCGUUGGCAGAGUGGGUGCCGUUAGACCUGGCUCUGACAAGGUUCACUUUCUCAAUGCUGAAGCGCUUUUUCCCUGAGUAUGACCUAGAAUGGCUUUCAAAGGAAAUGGAUUUCUCGCUCCCUCAGGAACUAGACUUCCGCAUGGAGGCGCAAAACGCAACCCGGGCGAGCGAGUACUUCAAGAAACAUUCGGACGCGCCGCUUGUGAUCCCAGAUGUUAUGUGGGCACAAAAGCGUAUUCUUGUGAUGGAUUUCUUGUCUGGCCAUAGACCGGAUGACCUGGAAUUCCUGGAUGCCAACCACAUCGACCGGGACGAAGUUUCCGCAGCAUUAGCUCACAUCUUUAACGAAAUGAUUUUUGGCGACAACGCCCCUUUGCAUUGCGAUCCUCACGGUGGAAACAUCGCCAUCCGGCCGAAUCCUAAUCGACGUGGCCACAACUUCGACAUCAUCCUCUACGAUCAUGGACUGUAUCGUGAUAUUGAUCGAGAUCUGCGCCGCAACUAUGCCAGACUUUGGUUGUCGGUUAUUGAAGCGGAUGAACCAAAUAUGCGCAAGUACGCGCGCAAAGUCGCCGGUAUCAACGAUGAACAGUUCCCACUCUUUGCAAGCGCAAUCACGGGCAGAGAUUAUACUGUACUAGCAAAGAAGGAUAUCGUCUCUUCUCGCACCGCGGCUGAGAAGGAGAGUAUCUCCGGUGCCUUGGGGGAGGGCAUGUUGCAGCAGCUUGUGGUGUUGCUAGGCCAGGUUCCACCGAUCAUUCUCCUAAUCCUCAAGACCAAUGAUCUCACUCGAAGCCUCGACGAGAACCUCCAUACCCGCCGCGGUCCUAUGCGCACAUUCCUAAUUCUUGCUCGCUACGCAACCCGUACCGUCUUCGAAGAACAAAUAGAAAACAUCAAGGAGACUGGAGGACUGCUACGCCCCAGUAACUUCUGGCAAUUCCUCUGUGCUUGGACGAUGUAUCUCCGUGUUGAGUUGAAGCUCUCCGUGUACGAGACCGUGCUGUCGCUGAAAAGCCGAUUCGGGCUUUUAUAAGACGUGCGCCAUUCCUUCUUCUUCACUUGGUUUUUAAUAAUCUCGGCCGUGUGGCUCCAUGAACUCCCAGCCAAGCAUAUCUCAUCUCUUGUAUCUUUUAAUCUUCUUGUUUUGCUGUUUAUCACAGCCCGACGUUUCCUUUUCCUUUCCUUUCUUUACCUUAAAGGAUGUCGUUGAUUGUCUAUUCCCAACUCCUUUACAGUUUUUUUUUUAGACCAUGUACGGGAAGAGUGUAUAUAAAGCUAUCUGUAUAUUUUAUUUUGGGUUUUAGUUUAUAGAGUGAAUAGACCGAUGAAAUUCAAC